GGCAGUGUGGGUCCUCUAGUGCUCCGCAGCUCGUGUGUCGUGUCGUCGGUUCGAUCCCCGGCAGCUGCAGCGCGUCCAGGCCGCAGAGCUCCGUGGAUCUGAGGAGUUCCGGACCCGGGCCACGCAGGGGGGACAGACCGGAACCCGCUCGGGACUAACCCCGCACGGAGGCCUGAAGUGCGCGCGCAGCCUCCGCAGGCCUCGCGCACGGAUCCCGCACGGACACGCGCCCUCCGGGACAAUGGACGGAUUCACCGGAAGCUUGGAUGACAGUAUGUCUGGAGCGAGUGUCUCAGAUGUCAACGAUCGUCUUUCGGCGCUGGAGCUUCGUGUUCAGCAGCAGGAAGACGAGCUGACGGUCAUGAAAGCUGCUCUCGCUGACGUCCUUCGGCGCCUAGCGGCGUCUGAAGAAUCUUCAACGCCUGUGACCAAAAAACAAGGAGGAAAAGGUGGAGCUGUACUGCGGGAAGCCUACUCCAUGUCCUGUAUCACUAACGGAGGAACAUCUGGACGAAAGAGGGACUCCACAUCCGUCAGCAGGAAAGAGACGAUGUCGUCUGCUGCCAAAAGUGGAGCAGACAGGAAGAAGGAGGUCAGGGGUCAGAUGGAGGAGAUCCAGGAACGGGAGGAGGUGCCCCGCCCACAGGACGUGUCCCCCUCCUCCCCCCUCCCUCCUCAGACCUGUGUGACCCCCCCUCAGAGACCCGCCCAGUCUGCCGACACCAGUAAAGGCCACGCCCCUCCUAAAAGGGGGCCCAGUGUGAAGCGGUCCUCGGGUAUCGAACGCUCUCAGAGCAGCACAUGGGAGAGUGCAGAUGAAAACAGGAACAAACUGGUGAAAGCUGCUUCAACAUCCAGACUGUUGAGUAAAGGGAUGAAGAGUGCAGAGAGACACAAAGACCCGGUGGUCAGUCAAGCCAAAAUGUCAACCCGUGAGAAAAACAGCCAAUCAGAGGGAAAUCACAUUAAGAUGUUCAUGCGUGGUCGACCCAUCACGAUGUUCAUCCCGUCAGACGUGGAGAACUAUGACGAAGUUCGUACAGAACUUCCUUCAGAAAGACUAAAGCUGGAAUGGGUGUACGGGUACCGUGGCAGAGACUGCCGAGCGAACGUCUCCCUGCUUCCCACCGGAGAGAUGGUUUACUUCAUCGCGUCGGUCGUGGUUCUGUUUAACUACGAAGAACGAACGCAGAGAUUUUAUCUGGGACACACAGACUGUGUCAAGUGCCUGGCCCUGCAUCCUGAUAAAAUCCGGAUCGCCACAGGACAGAUCGCAGGAGUGGACAAAGACGGACGAGCGCUGCAGCCUCACGUCCGGGUCUGGGACAGCGUCAGUCUCUCCACUCUGCAGGUCGUCGGUUUGGGAACCUUCGAGCGCGGGGUCGGUUCUCUGGCUUUCUCCAAAGCUGACUCGGGACAGCACCUCAGUGUGAUUGACGACUGUAAUGAUCACAUGUUGACGGUCUGGGAUUGGCAGAGGAAGUCAAAGAUCGCUGAAAUCAAGACCACUACCGAGGUGGUCCUGUCUGUGGAGUUCCACCCCACGGACCCUAAUACCAUCGUCACCUGUGGGAAGUCCCACAUCUUCUUCUGGACCUGGUCCGGGACCUCGCUGGCUCGGAAACAAGGAAUCUUUGGGAAAUAUGAGAAGCCAAAGUUCAUCCAGUGCCUGUCCUUCCUGAGAACUGGAGACAUCCUUACUGGAGACUCAGGAGGGAUCCUGCUGGUCUGGACCAGGAGCUCUGCUGAAACACCCACAGGAAAGGGCCCCAGAGCAUUUCAGAUUAGUCGGCAGGUCAAAGGUCACGAGGGAAGUGUUUUCUGCAUGUGUGAGAUGAGGAGCGGCACUUUGCUGACGGGAGGAGGAAAAGACCGAAAGAUCAUCCUGUGGGACCAUGAACUGAGAGCAGACCGAGACAUCGAGGUCCCUGAUCAGUACGGAACCAUCAGAGCCGUGUCCGAGGGGAAGGGCGAAGAGAUCCUCGUUGGAACCUCUCGUAACUUCAUCCUCAGAGGAACCUUCAACGACGGCUUCCUGGUGGAGGUUCAGGGUCACACUGACGAGCUGUGGGGUUUGGCGACUCAUCCGUCCAGACAGAUGUUUCUGACGUGUGCUCAGGAUCGGCUCGUCUGCCUGUGGAACUCCUCCGAUCACGCUCUGCAGUGGAGCCGCACACUGGAGGAACACGGACACUGUGCAGACUUCCAUCCCAGCGGAGCCGUGGUUGCCAUAGGAACACACUCGGGAAAGUGGUACGUCCUGGAUGCAGAGACCACAGAUCUGGUGGCGAUCCACACCGACGGGAACGAGCAGCUAUCAGUGCUGCGUUUUUCUGUGGAUGGAAGUCUGCUGGCUGUUGGAUCUCAUGACAGCUUUAUUUACCUCUACAACGUCUCUGAGAGAGGACGCAAGUACAGUCGCUACGGGAAGUGCACGGGACAUUCCAGUUACAUCACACAUCUGGACUGGUCACCUGACAACAACUUCCUCAUGUCCAACUCUGGAGACUACGAGAUCCUCUACUGGGACGUUCCAAACAGCUGUAAACUGAUUAGAAAUCGUUCGGAGUGUAAAGACAUCGACUGGGCGACGUACACGUGCGUCCUGGGAUACCACGUGUUCGGUGUGUGGCCCGAAGGCUCCGAUGGCACCGACAUCAACGCUCUGAUCAGAUCUCACCACAGGAAGGUGAUCGCUCUCGCUGACGACUUCUGCAAAGUUCACCUGUUUACUUACCCAUGCUCCACCCCCAAGGCCCCCAGUCAUAAGUACAGCGCCCACAGCAGUCAUGUGACCAACGUCAGCUUCCUGUGUAACGACAGUCACCUGAUCUCCACGGGGGGGAAGGACACCAGCAUCAUGCAGUGGCGUCUGGUGGAGAAGUCCUCGCUGUGUCUGAACGACGGCCUGGCGUGUAGCCCGGCGUCCCGGCAGGCAGGCCCCACCCUCACUCUGUCCCCUCCCACCACAGCGUCACAGGAACCUGCACCCCCCCCAACAGCCAAUGGGACCCAAGAACCCUCUCCAGAAAGCCCACCCCCCAUCGAGCUAGCCCCGCCCAUAUCAGCGUUAGCCCCACCUCGCUCCGAGUCGACUCCACCCACCUCCGACAGCACAGCGAGUCUGAAAGACAGCCUGGAGCCCAGCGACGACACGGCCACGCCCAGCGACGACAUGGCCACGCCCAGCGACGAGGGCCUGCCCCCCUUCACCCCCCCCUCAUAGACAGGCCCUGUGUGUGUGUGUUGGAACAGCUGACUUUGUGACAUGUUUGUAAAGUGACAACAUUUACAUAUAUGAACAUAUGUGAACACAAAACAUCACAACAGUCACAACAAAAACAACAAAUAAUCAGCUGCUCUUAUUCCGUCUCUGAGAUUCUUCAGUGAGUCUCGAGUGUAGAAGUCAGAGUGGGGGGGGCGUGCGGCUGCAGAGUCACAUGGGUUACUUCACCAAUCAUGUGAAGUCACAGUUUGAACCUGGAGGAGGGAACGUAACCUCUCACACCUGGACAACAGGGGGCAGCAGAGAGCAGAGGACAACUGCAGGAGACCAUGAAGUGAAUAGUUUAGUUUUUUACAAACUUAAAGACCUGAGACAAGUAAGACCCGUCUCAGAAACGCUUUGUCCACCAAUAGAAACAGAGACGUUGAAGUGGGCGUUAAAGUCUUCAAUGUUUUUUAGAUUUUUUUUUAAUUCUUUGAAAUCUAAAUUUAUUAAAAAAACACUUGAAUCAUUUUUGAUUUAUUGAUUCAUAAUAAUUACUCCUAAUUUCUCCAAACUCAUGACAAACAUAUAAUCAAAAAUCGUACUGAUUUAAUUUAGGGUGAAUUCUGGGACAAAUAUAUAAAAAAAAUUCUUGCAACUUAAUCCAACAUCUGUUUUACGCAUUAGUUCCACAUUUUAAACCUUUCUGUGAUUCUUAAGAUGUUUUCUAGUUACCAGUUUUUAAAAAGCAUAAAAUAAUAAUGAAACGUGUAUUGUUCUGGUCCUAUUUUUUUCAUUUCACGUUUGCCCCGCCCCUUUUUGUGACAUCAAAGGCAUGAAUUCAUGUGAUUUCACUUACAUGAUCUCCAAAGUCCUGAAGCAGACUGAAGCGCGUAUAUGUUUCCCACAUAACCAGAAUUCACCCUCAGCUGAAUCAUACAGAAUCAUGAGACUAAAGCAGCAUCGUCAGUUCACCUGAGGCAGAGACAUCCAGGUAAACAGGAAGUUAAGAGGUGCUAAAUGGGAAGUAAACAGGAAGUUAAGACGGAAAUUGGGAGCUACCAGAGUUAAAGCUGUGACUGACAUGUUUUGUUGUGAAUAAUCAGACAGAGUGAGACAUCUCUCUGACAGGAUCUGUGUUUGUAUAUACUGCAGAUGUCUGUAUAUUUCUGUUCACCACUGGGGGGAGCAGCUACACUGUAAAAAGAAAACACCCAGCCAAUCAGAUUACAGGACACAGCAGAUCCUGGACUCUGAUUGGCUGCUGAUUAUGAUUGUUUCAGGACCAUUUCAGCUCAGAUGUUCCCUGAAUGUGGGGGUGGGGCCGUCA